AUGUACAACCCAUAUCAACCACCGUCUCCAUUCGGAAGGCCACCGGAGUUUGGUGGCUUCCCUGGAGCACCACCAGGCAUGGCUCCUCCUCCCGGAAUGUCAGCGCCAGGGACUGGCCCUCCACCAGCCGCACAGCAGUCGAAUGCGCAACAACCUGGCAGACCUGGCGGAUUCCCCCCAAACUUUCAACCGCCACCAAAUAUGCCUAAUAUUAAUUUCUCUGCGCCUGUUAUUCGUCUCGGUACAUCUGGCACACCAAAAUCUGCUACUCCUGUGGAAAGCGGCCGAGAACGUGGAGGAGAAUCUGGUGGAAGGCGUGGAGGUCCCGGGGGACAUUCCUUGGAAUCACAACGCCAGAAUUUACGAGAUGCGAUGCUACAACUUCAACCACCUACGAAAGAUGAGAUUGUGAGGACCAUAUUUAUUGGAGGCAUAACGGAAGGGCUCAGCAGUGACGAAGAAAUCGAGUUGAUACUUCGAACGGCAGGAAAUUUGAAACGUUGGAUUCGGGCCACUGAUGCGGAUGAUAAGCCAUGCAAGUUUGGUUUUGCAGAAUACGAGGACCCUGAAAGCUUAAGCACAGCAGUAGAAGUGUUAAAAGAUGUCGAGGUGCCGGUGAAGAAGCCGGUUCCGGCUAAGGAGGUUGGGAAAGUUGAAGAAGAUCCUGAUAAAAGCAAACUUCUGGUUAUUAUCGAUGAUAGCUCUCUUAAGUACAUAGAACAGUUCGAGUCGACGACGGAGCGAAAUCCCGAAGCCGAGCAAGCGCGGCUUGAUGGGGCCAGAGCAGCUCUCGCCAAAGUUCUGGCUGACCUUACCCACCCACCAUCACCUGCCAAAGUAGAUGCCCUUGCACAAGUGGUUGAUAGCGAGGGAGACUCGGAAAUGAAAGACGGGGAGGCUGAAAAGGAUGGUACUCCCGCAGAAGUUGUGACGAUUCCAAUCACUGUAGAGGAUGAGUUGUCGGAUAUUCCUGCUGAAAUGCGAGAAACUGUCGCCAAGGAAAUUGCAGCUUUCCGUGAAAGAAGCAAUCGUCGGGACCUUGAACGAUUGAAGAGAGAAGAAGAACUCGAAUCUCUAGAACGGGCAAGGGCCGGGGGAUCUAGGCCAAACAGAUUAACAUCACCACCUCCCACGGCGCCAAGUGGCCCUGCUGGUGGUGCGAAUGGCAUUCCUUUGGGGCCUCGGGAUAGGGGUAUUCCAAAUGCUCCCUCAGCUCCCAAAGGGUUCGGUCAUCAUAUUCCACGGGAUUAUCAGAAGGGAGUAUCCUUCGUGAAUGGAAGCGGAAUCAAUGGCGCCAAUGAAGACGAGGACACCGAUGCAAGCGAUGAAGAGCUUGAAAGAAGGCGGAAGGAGAAGAGGGCCGUCGAAGCAGAAAAGCAAUAUCUGGACCAAGAAAGGCGUUGGCUAAACCGUGAACGUAGUAGAACAGCUGCCGUGGAGCGGGAGAAGAAUCGUGAUCGGGAAGAAGAUAUCCGAUUACAGGAGGAAAAACAAAUUAUGGCUAAACGUCUGCGGGAAUGGAAUGACGACAUUGAAGCUAGUCGAAAAGUGGAAGAGUACUAUGCCGAUCGUGGAGUCUGGAUACGGAAUCGGGCAGCGUUUAGGAACAGAGAGGUCAGCAUGGAUGAAGCGGACCGUGCUGCAGAAGAACGUGAGAUGGCUAGGACCCAACAGCAACGAGACCAAGUACGUGGAAUGGCUGAUGACUUCCUCGCCCGGCAAGCCGAAGAGUUGGAGACCCGGAACCAGGUACCAAGGGAACCCCAACGCUUCAAACUCUCAUUGGGUGCCGCGGCACAGAAGGCGCAAGCUACCGUCCGGAGAACGGUGGCAGAGGUUGAGGGCCUCCUUGAAGACGAGGAGGAUACGGGAGCUGCCACCAAGCGACCACUUACAUCUAUCAAGUUCGACACUGCGGCUGAGUCUGCUGGUCUUACGGAUGAAGAGCGCGCCCAGGCAGCACGGCAAUUAGCUGCUGAUAUUCCCUCAGACAAAGAGGGCCUCUGGAACUGGCAAGUCAACUGGGAGUUUGUAGAUGAGUCCGUGUUGGGAGAACAGCUGAAACCGUUCGUCGAGAAGAAAAUUAUGGAGUACCUUGGUGUCCAGGAGCAAAUGCUGGUUGACGUAGUGGAGGAGCAUGUCCGGAAACGGGGACCUCCUCAAGAAUUAGUGGAGCAGUUGGAAGGGGCUCUAGACGAGGAAGCAGAAGUACUGGUCAAGAAACUUUGGCGGAUGAUUAUCUUCUUCUCGGAAAGUGAGAAAAGAGGUCUCUCCGGCUAG